CCGAGUUCACAGCUGUUCGCGAUGACGUCACCACAACUGGCCGCUCGCAUGGCGGACUCGCUAGCCGGCGUCUUAGGCAAGGCCAGCAUUGAAUUCAAGGCGGGACAUGGCGAGGAGAUACAACGCUUCGAUGAUUCGGACUGCCCGAUGACGGAGGCCCCGGCGGGGCCAGUCGAGGAUGGCGCCCUGAGUCCACGCGGACUCCGUCACUCUGUGUCCAACCAGCUGCUGUUGGUCACGCUGCUGGAGCACCUAUGCUCAUUGUAUGAGCGAGAUCCCAUAAACAAGCAGGCGCUCUUCCACGCCAUUGGUGCACACCUAAUCCAACUGAAGCUGGUCUCGCCAUUCUUCUGCGAUGAAUUUGCCACGGUGCGGAAUCAGUACAGCAAGGCUUUGUGUGACCUGCUGCGCUCCGGAUCCAGCCACCUGCACACCGAGCUGUCUCUCUUUCCUGAAGACUGUCCACGCCCAUUGGCGCUACCCUCCAGGCAGAAAGAGCAAGCUUUCCACACGCACACAUCGCGUUACUUGAGCGAGUUUGAAGAGGUUUGCCGGCUUGGUCGCGGGGGCUAUGGCCAGGUCUUCAAGGUGCGCAACAAGUUGGAUAGACAGCUGUACGCUGUCAAAAAGGUGCUCAUCAAGGGAUCCGGCGAAAGUAUUUGCAAAAAGGUGCUGCGGGAGGUAAAGCUGCUGGCCGGACUGCAGCACCUGAGCAUUGUGGGCUACCACGGCGCAUGGUUGGAGUUGCUCCAACCUCCUACUCUAGCAGGCUGUCUCACUGCAUCGUCGUCCGCUUGUGUUAUGGCUGUGAGUGGUCCAUUGGACUCAGCCACUGAGAGUGAAGCAAAGAUAAUGAACGCCAGCUCCGAUAGCAUUAUCUUCCAGAGUGCCUCUCAAUCCUCAGAGAAACAGACCACGGAUACACCACCAGCAAUUGCACCUGAUCCAACUCUGCAACAUCCACCCGAGCAUGUGAAGCAAGUAGAGAAUAAAGAGACCCUGAACCAUAAGGACCUAAAUCAAAACUGUGUUGAGCUGCUGGCAUCUCGCAGCCUGCCAAGUGCAGAGGCAGGUUGCCAGAGAAAUGUUGGCUGGUGUCCACCUGGUAGAUUUUCUUCAUGUCACGUGCCUUCUCUGGUCCAGGCCCAUGAUGGCUUAAACAGUGAGAGCCACGACAACAACGGCAGCAAUAAGAAUGGUAAAAACAAAAACGAGCGUUCUGGGAGAAAAAACGAGCAUUCUGGGAGCAAUGGCAAACCCACAAACCUCAGAAAGGAGUUGUAUGAGAGCAACAGCAAGCUUGUUGGGAGUAAUAAUGAACUUUCUGAGAGUAGUAGUGAGCAAUCUGAAAAUAGCAACACCAGUUGGACUCCAGGGUCUGACAGCAAAGAUGGGAGUUCGUGGCGAGAGAUGGCUUGUAUGAAGAGGGACCUUCACCUCGUCCUGUACAUCCAGAUGCAGCUGUGUGAAAGGUCCCUCAAAGAGUGGCUCAUGGAUCGGAAUGCCCUUUGUGAGCGUUUCCAGGACUCAGCAGAGGGCGCCACUGCCCUUUCUGGGCGAUAUGCACUGGUGGAUGGGAAGCAGACCACUCGAAUGUUUCAGCAACUGCUGGAGGGAGUUCAUUACAUCCACUCGAGGGGUAUCAUGCACCGUGACCUCAAGCCAAGGAAUAUUUUUCUCCAUGGACCGGACCACCACGUGCGCAUUGGAGACUUUGGGCUGGCUUGCCAGGACAUUGUAUAUGAAGACCCCAGGCUCAUGCGUGCCGGUGCUGAAUUUGCCAGUAGCGCUCACACGUCCGGCGUGGGCACUACCCUGUACGCGGCUCCCGAGCAGCUGUCGGGCUCCCACUACGACUUUAAGUCGGACAUGUACAGUGUAGGGAUCGUGCUGUUCGAGCUGUUCCAACCGUUCGGGACAGAGAUGGAGCGUGUGAAGACCAUCCAGGAACUUCGGGGUGGAGUUGUCUCCGGCCCUUUCACAGCACAGUGGCCCGAACAGGCCAAGUACAUUGGCCUCCUGACUCAGGAUGACCCUGCCGCGCGUCCUACCCCGCAAGACAUCCUCACCACAGACCUGAUUGUUAACAAGGACCAGGUUAUCGUCAGCCUGCAGAGGCAGCUGUCGCAGAAGGACGAGGAGUUGGCCCGCCUGAAAGCCCUGCUCCAGAAUAGAGAAGAAACCAUCCGAUGGCAAGAGAGGUCCAUUGUCAUGCUCAAGCAUGGUUUAAUAUUUGCAAAGAACCUCAAAUCUAACAACAAACACACAACUACAACAGAUAGAAACCUACCAACAACGAGUUCAGAAGCAAUGUUUAAUUUGGGAUUUGUAUAAAUAGCUUUUAUUGCCGCAGCACGUGCACGAGUAUGCGUGUUUAUGAACCGGGACACAUUAUAUUCGAGCUACGGACCAUUUAACUUUAAAGGGCUAUUAACCACUUGGCAGUUGAAACGAUGAGCAGUCUCUUAAAUGCCCUCCAUAUCUAUCCACCCAACAGUAACAACACGUUCCUUCAGAGUGGGCAGGUAGGAAUUUGGUCGGACAGCGCAUUCGUGCACGACAGAAAGCUCGCGGUCACGUGACGCACUUCAACCAAUCCGGGAGCGUACAUGUCUUGGGAGGGGCGUUGCACGACAGACAAAUAAUCCCUGGUGGGCAGUGUGGAACUGUUGUUCCUACCUGUAUAAAUGUGUACAUCACAGUCGAUCAGCAGCUGACUUGUGAGUAAAAGUAAGAGUAGUCACCGAAAAUGUCGGGCCAGGAUGGAUGAGGAGGCCAAAUAGCCUAGAGGGGCUGCAUAAUGCCAGCAGUGGCAUGAGCUAUAAAUUGCGGGAUUGCACCUUUAAUUAAGAACAUUAACCUUCGUAGCAUUGCUGCUCUGCUACAAUCUGACGCUCAUUUUUUUUUUGAAACCUCACAAUUUUCAAUCUUGUACAUGUGAACAUGAUAGAGCACCAUAAAUCCCCAACCUUAUCACAAUGUGAAUGUAUUCAACUAUUCAAACGAAUGUGUAUACUCCUGAUACAUGCAUAGGCUCAUGCGUGUGACAAUCGAUUAUGAUUCAUGCAAAUUGUCUACGAAUGUUUUGCUUUUGUUACAUUUAUAAACUACUUGUUACAUAUAUAAAUUAUAAACACAAGUACGCAUGAUUCGAUGCUUGUAUUGUGAGCAUCAGAAUGUAUUAUAAUUGCCGAAUCCAUCAUAUGCCCAUUGUUGUGCAUAUCGGGUUUUAAACUGGAAAAAAAAACUGCAUGGCUAUCUUUUCGAUCAUUGUUUUGCGUCAUUUAAUCUGCAUAGCAAUACUGUAUAUAUUUUCUGAAAGUUAUUUAAAAAAUAUUGUUAUUGACGGAUGUUUGGUUUGUACGAUGUAUGUUUCUUUUAUGACACUUGAUGAGGCUAUGCAGUGAGGAGAUGUGAAACCAUUUUUGGGGGGGCGGGGGGGGGUGCAGUGCUGUUUGUUAUUCAUCACUCUUACCUCGUGUGACUGACUGAGCUAUGGUCGGUAUUGUAAACUAUAACAGAACCAGGAACGGAGAAUAUGGGAUCUUCAAACUCAUCUCCAUCCUCACAGCUGCUCAUUUAUGGCUUUACUGGAUUCAGAAAGUCCAAAUCUACAAAAUGUGAAACAUCUGCGUACACGCAAACAUUCUAAGUGUUUGCUUUUUAUAUCAAUAUGUUUAUUUAAAAGUAAUUAUUCACAGCUUUUUGUUCUUUUACUGGAUGAAGGCCUCACCACAUCUUUAAGUAAUGUAGGUACUUUCACCAUACUUCACACAAGUGUCGGUUGAGAUGGGGGCCUAAGGUAUCUCUUGCUACUGAUGUUCGCCAUCGCCAGCAAUCGAUAAGGUCACCAGGAAUCGAUAAGGUCACCAGGAAUCGAUAAGGUCACCUGGUUCAUAGUUACGUGCGCCAACCUCUGGGCUACCACUAUGUGUUUACUGUAAAAUAAACACGCAUUUUUU